AGGGUAUUAAAAUAGAUCCCUAAGAAUGAAAGUGCAGCCUGCAAGUCAGUAGCGCGGGAGGUGGAGGCGCGUGUGCUCUUCUGCUGAGGCGCCCUGGGCUCCGCAGAGGACACAGGGGAGCUUUGUGCACCCUGAGCAGGGAGCCAGCUGCCACUCCUCUGUCCCCAGGUCGCCGCGCUCCAGCAGCAUGCAGGGGCUGCUGUUCACUCUCGUCCUCGCUGGCCUGGCGCAGUUUUGCUGCAGGGCACAGGGCACUGGGCUGGUAGAUGCGACACCGGAAGGAAGGCCUGGAGGAGCAUCGCAAGUGCAUCAGCGUCAGCAGUUUUGUCACUGGCCUUGCAAAUGUCCUUAUCAGAAGCCCAGUUGCCCCCCUGGAGUGAGCUUGGUGAGGGACGGCUGUGGAUGCUGUAAAAUCUGUGCCAAGCAACCGGGGGACAUCUGCAAUGAAGCUGACCUCUGUGACCCCCACAAAGGGCUGUACUGUGACUACUCUGCAGACGGGCCGAGGUACGAGACCGGAGUGUGUGCAUACCUUAUCGCGGUUGGAUGUGAGUUCAACAGGGUGCAUUAUCAUAAUGGCCAAGUGUUUCAGCCCAGUCCCCUGUUCAGCUGCCUCUGUGUGAGUGGGGCCAUUGGCUGCACGCCUCUGUUCAUCCCGAAGCUGGCUGGCCGUCGCUGCUCUGCAGCUAAAGGGGGAAAGACGUCUGAUCAAUCAAACUGUGGCCCGGAACGGCUACCAGGGCAGCUUUCGACAAGCCACAAAACAAUGCCAGACGUGUGCCAGGCUUCUAAUCUGUUUCCUGCAUUGAGGGCUCUAAACUGUACUCUUCUUUCCAGCUUAUAGAAAUCUUCCACUUAUUUGGAAAAGAAAAUGUCUUGUGCAAGCAACAAAGUGGACUCCUUGUUCUAGAACAUGUGGGAUGGGAAUAUCUGAUAGGGUAACAAAUGAAAACAGCAACUGUGAAAUGAGAAAAGAGAAAAGACUGUGUUAUAUUCAGCCUUGCAACAGGAAUAUUUCAAAGAUAGUAAAGAUCCCCAAAGGAAAAACAUGCCAACCCACCUUCCAGCUCUCCAGAGCUGAAAAGUUUGUCUUUUCUGGAUGUUCAAGUACUCAGAGUUAUAAACCCACUUUUUGUGGAAUAUGCUUGGAUAAGAGAUGCUGUAUCCCGAAUAAGUCUAAAAUGAUUACCAUUCAAUUUGAUUGCCCAAAUGAUGGGUCAUUUAAAUGGAAGAUGCUGUGGAUUGUAUCUUGUGUAUGUCAAAGAAACUGCAGAGAACCUGGAGAUAUGUUUUCUGAACUUAAGAUUCUAUAAAGCCAAGCACAUGGGGGGAAAGUCAAUCAUGUCACAUAAUCAAAAAAUUAG